UUCGGCGGUGCCUACAUGAAGAGCUCCGUCACCCAGAUUGAGAGGCGCUUUGACAUCCCCAGCUCCCUCAUAGGAGUCAUUGAUGGCAGCUUCGAGAUCGGCAACCUGUUGGUGAUAGCCUUCGUGAGCUACUUUGGUGCCAAGCUCCAUCGUCCCAGGCUGAUCGGUGCCGGCUGUCUGAUCAUGGCUGCUGGUAGCUUAUGCACAGCUCUGCCUCACUUCUUCCAGGGACAGUAUAAAUAUGAGACCAGCGUGUCCCACAGCACAAACGCCAACUCCACUGAGAACAUCCUGCCGUGUCUGUCCAACCAAACCAUGACUGAAGAUUUGACCACACACGAGACCAGAGCAGCUUGUGAAAAGGAAGCCGGCUCGUCCAUGUGGGUCUAUGUAUUCCUGGGAAACAUGUUGCGCGGCAUCGGGGAGACUCCCAUCAUGCCUUUGGGGGUGUCCUACCUGGACGACUUCUCCAGAGAGGAGAACACUGCCUUCUACUUGGCCUGCAUCCAGACAGUAGGAAUCUUGGGACCCAUGUUUGGAUUCAUGCUUGGGUCUUUCUGUGCCAAGCUCUAUGUGGACAUUGGAUCUGUGGAUUUAGACACUGUCACCAUCAACUAUAAAGACUCUCGCUGGGUGGGCGCCUGGUGGCUGGGCUUCAUAGUGACUGGUGUCGUGAUGCUGCUGUCUGGGAUCCCCUUCUGGUUCCUGCCCAAGUCUCUGCCCAAGCAGGGCGAAGAGCAGAGCCAGAGCAAAAACACAGAGCUCACCACAGUGGCAGAGCAGGAGAAUUUCCUACCACAGGACAACCAGGAUCAUGAGGAAAAAGAGAAGCCGGUUACCUUUUCUGAGCUGGCUAAAGAUUUCUUUCCGUCUCUGAAGAGGCUUUUCAGAAACAGCGUCUUCCCAGUGAUCAUCCUCACCGCCCUGGUGUCCGUCAAUGCCUUCAUUGGCAUGAUCACGUUCAAGCCGAAGUACAUGGAGCAAGUGUACGGCCAGUCCUCCUCUAAGGCCAUUCUCCUCAUAGGUAUCAUGAACCUUCCUGCAGUGGCCCUGGGCAUCAUCACAGGAGGUUUUGUGCUGAAGCGCUUCAAGCUGGGAGUCAUUGGGGCAGCCAGGGUGGCGCUGAGCUCCUCCCUCUGCUCCUUCUGUCUGCUCCUCACUCAGUACUUCCUCCACUGUGACAACGCAGAGGUGGCAGGCCUCACCAUCUCGUACCAAGGGGCUCCUCAGCUGUCCUACCAGCCAGACACUCUGCUGUCCCAGUGCAACAUGGGCUGCACCUGUUCGCUGAAGCACUGGGACCCAGUCUGCGCCUACAAUGGCAUGACGUACGCCUCGCCCUGCCUGGCUGGCUGUCAGAGCUCCACCGGGACCGGCAAGGAGAUGGUAUUCAAUAACUGUACAUGUAUUGGGGAGAUCUUAACUCCAGGCAUGAACAUGUCCGCCGUGCUCGGCCAGUGUUCCAGGAAAAGUGACUGCGACCGCUUCUUCAAAUUCUACAUGGCAGUGUCGGUACUUGGGGCCUUCGUUUCCGCCUGCGGGGGCACGCCGGGAUACAUUGUGCUGCUCAGGUCCAUACAGCCGGAGCUGAAGUCACUGGCUUUGGGUAUGCAGACGCUGAUAGUAAGAACUCUGGGUGGGAUCCCCCCUCCUAUAUAUUUCGGAGCGCUGAUUGACCUGACAUGUUUGAAGUGGGGAACCAAGCGGUGCGGAGGCCGUGGAGCGUGUAGACUGUACGAUGCCAAUGCAUUCAGAAAUACAUUCCUGGGGUUGCUCUAUGCGCUCUACCUCCUGACCAACCUGCUGUGGGUAUUCCUCUACUUCCGAAUUGUCAAGAGGCAGAAGAAGAUAUCGCUGAGGAAUCAAGCCAAAGAGAACGGCCUGGAGGGUAAUGAAGCGACCAAUGGACACGCUAAUAUCAACAUUGUCAAAAACAAAGAGGACCUGGACAGAGAGAGCACAAUUUAA